UGCCCCUCAGCGAGAGCAUCGUCUGGACGCCCUCGACCAGCCGCAACCACUGCUCGGGACCGCCCCCGCGUCGCCCCGGACACCGCCCCGACACCGCGGGACCGCCCCCGAGCCGCCCGGACGCCGCGGGGCCGCUUGCCGCGCCGCGACGCACGAUGCAUCUCAUGUACCACCUCGACGACGACGGGAACCGAGUUUACACGCUGAAGAAGAGCUACGGCGACGACGCCAAGCCCACGACCUCCGCCCACCCCGCCCGCUUCUCGCCCGACGACAAGUUCAGCUCCCAGCGCAUCGCGUGCAAGAAGCGCUUCGGGCUCCUGCUGACGCAGCAGCCCCCGGACAAGUUGUAAGAAAAUUAGCCCAG